AUGGGCAGCACUGUUACGAAGAGCCGGGCGGGAACGUCUUCAGGCACGGUUUCAAGCAAUAAGCCCGCCACACGUGAGUCCGUGACCGACUUGGAGAAAGUAGAGAAGAUGUCUGGUAAAAUUGCAGUCUCAGGCCGAUACCACAGGCCCCCCAAGAAAAUGUCAGAAGACUAUGUCGUACAGGAAGCGGUGUUGGGCUCGGGCCUGAAUGGAGAAGUGAAAAUUGCAGUGAGCAGGCACAAUCCCUCCAGUCAAAAGUACGCCAUGAAACCUUUAAAGCUUGCAAGCAUAGCACCCGAAGAUCGGAGCAUGUUGGUGUCGGAGGUAGAGGUGUUCUUGUCAUUGGAUCACCCUCACGUUACUCGGCUUUAUGACGUUUACGAAGAGCCUGAGAUGCUGUAUCUGAUCAUGGAAUGCAUGGAGGGUGGCGAGUUGUUCGACCGCAUAGUCAAGCUAAAGACUUUCAGGGAACAGGAUGCUGCAGAGACAGUUAACCAGAUGCUGCUCGCAGUGAACUACCUUCACAGCCACGGCAUGGUCCAUCGGGAUUUGAAGUUAGAAAAUUUCUUGUACGAUAAGAAGGGCAGUAAUCACAUCAAGCUGAUUGAUUUUGGCUUCAGCAAGGUGUGGGACCCUAGCGCCAAGAUGCAUGCGAGCUGUGGGACGCUGUCAUAUGUAGCUCCAGAAGUGCUACAGUGCAGCUACACAAACAAGUGUGAUCUAUGGAGCCUAGGAGUCAUCACCUUCAUACUGCUAGCUGGCUACAUGCCCUUCGCGGGCUCAGACGCACAACAGCGCCAGAACAUCAAAGCUGGCAACUAUAAAAUGAAGCCAGAGCGCUGGGUCAAGGUGUCAGCUGAGGGCAAGGACUUCACCUUCGGCCUCCUGCAGCGAGAGCCGGCCAGACGAUUGUCCGCAGAGCAAGCCCUUGCGCAUAAAUGGCUAAAAUAUUCGGUGGCAAAUCAUGAGAGCCUGGUAUACUCUAUUAACUUCGUCUUUAGCGUCAAUUCGCGUCUGGAGUCGAUGAGAUAG